AAAUCGCUGCGCCAAUCGUCGGGCCGGCGGACCCCCGCCUGCUCCCUUCUUCUUCCUCCCGUGCACCACCGCCCUCCUCCUCCCCCACGUCCACCACCACCACGGCCGCCUAGCUAGCGCCGUCCCCGGAGCUGGCGCGGCCCGCCGACGACAUCCAGCGCCGCAUCUCCGGCGCCGUCUCCGGCGCCUGUGCUGCCCUCCGACGACCCCCCACCGCCGACCUCGUCCUCUCGCCGCCGGCUUGUCCUCGCCGGAUCCGCUUAGGAAAUGGGAAUACCACCCUCACAAAUCCUGGCUCCGCGACUACCGACGCCGGGCCCCGUCCCGGCCGUGGAGGCGCCGGCUGCUCCCGCCGUUCCGACCAGGUCGCGCUGGGCCGCGGAGAUCAAGGUCUACUCCCGCAAGUACCCCCGCAAAACCCCUAAACCUCCUCCUUCAGAACUAGGCCUCGUCCCCUCUCCAGCUCCCGCCCCCGCCUCCGCUCCCGCUCCCGCUCCCGCCCCCGCCCCUGCCCCCGCCCCCGCCCCCGCCCCCGCUCCCGCUCCUGCCCCCGCCCCCACCCUAGUCCCUAAUCCUAAUGCCCUUUCCGAAACCCUAUCCUCGAUUCGCCGCUCCAUCCGCCGCGCGGAGGCCGGGGGCGCAGCGGCGCGGCCCGAUCCGGUUGCGGCUGCCUCGACUCUCCCCUCGACGCCGCCUGGGGAACGCGAUGCUUCCUCCGCGGACCCCACGUUGGGGCAGAACCGGGACGGCCGUGGCAUCAUUCCCAACGGCCACAGUGACGACCGGGUGGCUGAGAAGGCCGAGAAGGCACGGAAGCGCAGGGUGAGGAGCGAGCUGCGGUGGCAGCUGGCUGGGGAGCUCGAUCAGGUCCGCGUGCUCUCUGAGCGCCUCAAGGAGGCUGCAGAGACCCUGGCACAGCAGGAGGCUUCCGUGCCCGCACCUUUGCCCCUGGUGGUAGUGCCGCAGCAGCAGGUGCUGGAUGCUGGGUAUGUGCAAUCGCAGUUCUCAGCUGGUGAUAUGGUGAUGCCCAUGUCUGCGCAGCUCACUACUGUGGUUCCACCUGUCCGCUCGCUGCUGCAGCGAAGGCCACUAACCGUGUCGGUAGUUCAUAGUGAAACAUUUGAGAAGGAGAAACGGACGCCUAAGGCUAAUCAAUUGUACCAGAACUCAGAGUUUUUGCUUGCCAAGGAUAGGAUCCCGCCAGAUUCACAUGGGCGCAAGAAAUCCAAACACCACAAGAAGAAGCACAGGAACCUAGAAUCUCGUGGCGCAGAUUUUGAUGCCGAGCGGAGGUUAUACUCUCAUGCAUUCAAGAAGUCCUCAUCUCUCCUGAGCCGGCUAAUGAAGCAUAAAUUUGGGUGGGUGUUCAACAAGCCUGUCGAUCCAGUUGCACUUGGUUUGCAUGACUAUUUUACAAUUAUUAAGCACCCAAUGGAUCUUGGCACGAUAAGGGGGCGGCUCAGCCAGGGGCAGUACAGGAACCCAAAGGAGUUUGCUGAUGAUGUGCGGCUCACUUUCCAUAAUGCAAUGACAUAUAACCCCAAGGGACAGGAUGUGCAUUUCAUGGCAGAGCAGUUAUUAGAAAUCUUUGAGGCACAGUGGCCUGAGAUUGAGGCUGAGGUUAACUAUCUCGCGUCAUGUCCUCCAUUGCCAAAGAAGUUUCCACCUCCACCGAUUGACCUGCGCUUCCUAGAGAGGCCUGAUCCCAUGAGACACCACAAGGCGUUGGACUCUUCAAGGCCAAUCAGUCAUACUCCCACUUAUAGCCGGACUCCAUCAAUGAAGAAACCAAGGGCAAAGGAUCCAAAUAAAAGGGACAUGACAAUAGAUGAGAAGCGUAAGCUUAGUCAGAACCUCCAGAAUUUGCCUCCAGAGAAGCUUGACGCUGUUGUACAAGUCAUUAAGAACAAGAAUCUUUCAGUUAGGCAGCAUGAGGAUGAGAUUGAGGUUGAAAUCGAUAGCAUGGAUGCUGAGACACUUUGGGAGCUUGACAGGUUUGUUGCUAACUACAAGAAGUACCUGAGCAAGCAAAAGAGAAAGGCUGAGCGUGCAAUGCUUGCCAGACAAGAUGCCGAGUUGCGUGCACAGCACUCCGUACAGCAACCACCACCAUUUUGUCCUUUGCAGAUCCAGUUCACCCAAGAACCCAAUGCUGGUGAAAAAUCUCCGAAGCUAGUUGAGAAAGGUUCUGUUGCAGGUGAGCAACUGGCAACAGGCGCUGCGCCUGCGCCAAAGCAAAAUGAUGAGAAUAGACAAAAUGCGAGUAGUUCAAGCAAUUCGAGCAGCUCCAGCAGUGAUUCAGGAUCGUCUUCUAGUGACUCAGACAGUGAUAGCUCCUCUUCAGAUGGAUCUGGUGCUGGCAAUUCUUCUUGAUAGGUUGCCUCCCUUUGCAGGUUCAGAAGUUGCUCGAGUAGACAGUAAUUGUCUAAUUGUAUUUGACAUGACAAUGGCUGCAUAAGAUUGUACAUGUUUAGGAAAACACCCCUGCAGUUUAAGUAGCUUUGUAUGUGGAUUCACCCGCUGAAGGCUGUAACUUGUAGGUUCAAGGGUGUCCCGCCUAAUAAGACUGGGCUUGUUGCUGACACUCUUUGUCUCUGUGUAAGAGAGAGGAUAGGAGAGAAUAAUGCAUUGUAUUCCUCCAAACCCUAGAAGGUGGGAUAUAUAGUUUCUAUACAUGGCCCUCUAGAUGGGUCUCUAUACAUGAGCUCAA